AUUUUGUUAACCUCUUUUGUUCGAUGGUUGAAUAGUACUUGUUCAAACUUUAAGACAAAUAUCAGCGAUUUAUCCAAAUAUUUGGGGUAUGUAAGUAGUUUUCAAAAACCUCAAGGAAGGUCGUUGAAAUAAACUCAACUAUAUUUUGAUUCAUUUUCAUUUGCAACUCCUUCGUAAUUCACCUUAAUUUCUUCAAACUUCAGAGUUGUAGGAGGAUCGAUGAAGAUACUCUAGCUUCCUUCAACUCUUGUUUCAUUCUUCUUCCAUAAAAAUCUUAGAGAAAGAAAAAUAAAAGAAUGUCGGUCCCAGAUGCAGCUGUGAAUUUUCUUCUCAACAAUCUUACACAAAUAGUAGUUCACAACUAUGGUUUGAUUCGUGACAUAAAGCCAAACAUCGAUGCAUUGCACAAAGAGCUGGAAUCGCUUAGUGCGGUAAUGAGCGAUUUCGAGAAGUACAAUCACGACAUCAACUACGUGAAACACACGGUGAGGGAGAUCCGAAGAGUGAUCGGCCAAGCGGAGGACGCGGUUGAAACUUACUUGCUUCAGGCAGCGGUGAAGAACUCGAGGGGUUGGGUCCAGAAUUUUUUCGGACAGUUCACGGAUCCGAUGAUGCUUUGGGAUGUCGGGAAUCAGAUCAACACGAUCUCGGCCGAGAUCAAGAAGAUUAAUGAGGAAAAUGUCAAGAACAGUUUCGCGGCACUUCAAUAUGAGGCCACGAACCACCUUAAUCUACCGGCCAAGUCAAAAGAGGUAAACAGUUAAACCGAUGAGUUCUUUUCUUCUUCUUUUUGGUGUUUCAAAUUUUAUUGUUCCUAAUUUCCAAAUUAAAAUGUUUUUAUUUGUUGAACUAAAAUAAUGCAAGUUAACAUUCUUCGAUCGUUCUUUAUUUCGACUGCAAGUUCAAUAUGAUCUGUGGUUGUGAUCUUAAAUUUAAGGUCAAUAUGUUUAACUGGAUACUUGGUUUGUUGGAUCUAGACCAGGUACUAAUUACUUUUUCUCAAAAAAAUUUUCAUUUGUUUCUUUUUAGUGUGCCAUCGGUUUGACCAAAUAAAAACGUUCUCGAUUUCAUGUAAUCGACAGCCUAGGAGAAGGAAACUCUUGGAAAAUUUUUAUUUUCGAAGUUUGAGCUCAAAUUUGAAGGCAUUUUUGCUUAGAGAACUACAGAAUGAGAAUUAGUUAUCAGAUUCAAUUGCUUGUAUGCAUUUUUAAGUAUUCUGAGUAAUUAUGACUUUUAUUAUAUUAAUUUUUUUUCCGAUUUUUUGUUGGAAAAUCUGUUAUUUCAUUAGAUGGAAAUUCUUGAAAAAUUGAUCGUUUGUUAAUAAUGUUCAUAUGGUUUCUUCUUCUUCUUCUUCUUCUUCUUCUUCUUCUUCUUCUUCUUCUUCUUCUUCUUCUUUUUUUUUUUUUUUUUUACAAUAAUUGCAUAAAAAAGGCUCCAAAAGUCGAAGAAGACCAUGUUAUUGGCUUUGACGAUGCAGCGGAUGAAGUAGAAAGACUCCUCACUGGAUCACCAGAAAAGCUAGAAAUAGUCUCUAUAGUAGGAAUGCUAGGUUUGGGGAAAACCACACUAGCUAGAAAGGUUUUUAAGGAUCCAGAUGUUGAUUAUGAGUUCAUGAUCCGGGCAUUUGUCUAUGUUUCCAAAGAAUUUGAUAGAAAGGAUAUAUUUCUCGAAAUAUUGAAGUCUUUCACCCAAGUUAGCGAAGAGGUAAAAAAUAUGACUGGCGACGAACUAGAAAAAUAUGUUUAUAAGCAAUUAGAGGGGAAGCAAUACCUAGUCGUUUUGGAUGAUGUUUGGGAGAAAGAAGACUGGGAUGAAUUCAAACGCGCUUUUCCAGAUAACAAGAAGCGUUGUAGAGUUUUAAUAACCACCCGUAAUGAUCAAGUGGCAGAUUAUGCAAAUCCCAAAGUCCCUCCUUAUAGGUUAGAUUUCUUAUCACUACCAGCGAGUAGGGAACUGCUCGCGUGGCGGGUUUUUAAUGAGAAAAGUUGCCCGAAGGAAGUUCUGGAUUAUGAGAUUGAGAUUGCAAGAAAAUGUGAUGGAUUGCCAUUAGCGGUUGUGGUUAUUGCAGGUAUCAUUUGGAACCAUAGGGAGAAAGUUAGCUGGUGGAAGGAUGUGGCUGAUAGUGUAAAGAAUUACAUUGCUAGGGACCAGAAACAUGCUACAAGUGUCAUAGAACUUAUGUAUAAACACUUGCCAAACUACCUGAAACCAUGUUUUCUCUAUCUUGGGGUGUUUCGAGAAGACUUUGAAAUUCCCGUGUGGAAAUUGAUUCGACUGUGGAUCGCUGAGGGUCUUAUCCAACCAGAAGGGAAUGAAAACUUGGAGGAUUUAGCAGAGGUGUACUUGGAUGAACUUGUUGACAGAAACCUUGUGAUGGUAGGACAAAGGAGGUCAAAUGGAAAAAUUAAAACUUGUCGUAUGCAUGACACACUUCGUGAAUUUUGCAAGAACGAAGCUGCUGAGGAAAACCUUUUUCAAGAAAUCAAGAAGGGCCAUCUUUCACCCGCUUUAACUGAAAGCCCUUUGGAUGCUCGGCGCCUUUGCCUCAAUAAUGCCGAUAUUAUUGAGUACAUGUCUCAGAACCCUUCUGGUAAGUGUGUUCGAUCUUUCUUAACUUUUGUCAAGGAAGAAACAACUGUGGAACCAAAACUUGUGUCUUGCCUCCCAAAAACUUUCAAGCUUCUCAGAGUGUUGGAGAUUCAAUCUCUGACUUUCACUCGAUUUCCAGUUGACCUUGGCAAUCUGAUUCUCUUAAAAUACAUAGCCAUUUCGUCUAAGUUCCCAAGUCUCCCAGCAUCAAUGUCUCACUUGUGGUGCUUACAAACACUCAUUGUUCAAACCACAAAUAGCAAUCUCGACAUCAAAGCAGACAUAUGGAAGAUGUCUCAGUUUAGGCAUUUGCAUACAAAUGCAUCCACCAUUUUACCACUUCCACAACCCCGGGAGAAGAAAACCAAAGAAGAGUCUUUGGCGGAAGAGAAUCUCCAAACACUAUCCACAAUUUCUCCUGAAAGCUGUACAAAAGAAGUGUUUGAUCGGGCUCCAAAUCUCAAGAAAUUGGGUAUAAGCGGCGAUUUAACAAAGCUCAUCAAGGUCGAUGGAGAAUCCACAUUAUUCGAACACCUUCGUAGGCUAGAAUCUCUUGAAAACUUGAAGUUACUGAAUGAGGAUGUAUCUUUCAAGCUGUCUUGUCUUCCUUCAGAUAAAAGCUUCCCCAAGCAUUUAAAGAAGCUGACACUGAUGAAUACCUUAUUGGCUUGGAAAGAGAUGUCUACAUUAGGGAAGUUGGAGUAUCUUGAGGUUCUCAAGUUAAAAGAAUAUGCAUUUGAAGGGAAGUGUUGGGACACCGAGAAGGGCGGUUUUUGCCGCCUGAAACACUUGUACAUUGGACGCAUGGAUUUGGUGGUUUGGGAAGAGGCUUCGGUUGAUCAUUUUCCGGUACUCAAUAGUCUUGAGCUCAAUGGAUGUGAUAAGCUAAGUACAUUUCCACAUCGUUUGGCGGAUAUCCCUAGUUUCCAAUUAGUUGUCCUCCAUUGCACCAACACUGCCGUGGCUUCUUUAGCCAGGAAACUUCAGGUGGUCAAGCUAAACCAAGGGAAGAAAGCUGGUAACAAGAAGAACAAUUUUAAGCUCUCCAUUUAUCCUCCAGAGCAUUGAUCGGUAGAUUGCCAAAUUACCUUCAACAAAUUAUACUACUUCUAUCUCAAGAUCUUUUAUUUGAUCUUUUUGGCCAUGAAGAUAGAUUGAUCAGAAGCAUCCAGAUGAUCAGGUUUGUACUGUUUCCAUGAAGCCAAUCCGAGUAGGCCAGCUGAAGCAGAUGAGAAUUGCAUUUCAUUUGGUUGAGUUUUUCAGCUUUGUGACUGUUCAAUUUCGAGUUGACUAUUAUAUCCCAUUCCUUAAACUCAAAGCCUGUUUUAUUUAUGUGUUUCUAUGAACUGGUAGUCUAUUUGAAGAAGAAUUUUUUUUUUUUUUUUUUAUUGCAAUAGAAAUAGAAAGAGGCUAAAAGCCUAAAGUCAUACAAGCACAUUUAAGGGGUUUGUCACCCUGAUUACAUCAUGCUUUAAUCAUAAUUUGACACCUAAUGGUGGAGCAACUAGCCAUUGCAGUCCGUCUGGCCCUUGUGCUGCCAAUGAAGCCAAGAAAUCGGCUACAAAAUUUACCUCCCGAAAGACAUGUUUAAGUUCAAUCGUCCAAACUCGCAUUAGUAAUUCACGGAUUCCAUACACGAGACUUGCAUUAACACCGAGAAUCACACUGUUACCUUGCACCAAGUGUAAAACACUCGUGCUAUCGACUUUCGCUCUCACCUUACGCCCACCAAGCUUCCAUGCAAUGGUCAAGGCCUGAAAAAGACCUCACAAUUCAGCACCCGUAAUAGUAGUGAAGCCAGUGUUCAUCGUGUGACCACCCAACCAUCGCCCUAGCUACAUGAUAUGCUUAUAUUUUACCUAUUUAUUAUAUCUAUAAUUUGUGAUUUUUGCAAUAUAUUUUGAGUACAAAUAUGCUAUUUAUAUGAUUUUAUCUUUAUU